AUGCAAGAUCAUCAAACAUUAAAACAUUAUGAAAUCACAAAUGAUACAACAAUUUAUUUGACUUUGCGUGUACGUGGAGGAUCUGUUACAAUUUAUAUUCUUGAUCUGGAUCUCUUAGACCCUCAUUUCGAUUACGACUUUACAAAUAUGAAAAGUUCCGGGGAAACUUAUAUGCGUGGAAAUUUCAAGUAUAAUCGACCGUAUGGAUGGAGACGUAUCGCGUUAAAAGUUCUUAAUAAAUUUGAUGACAAUGGUUGGCUCGGGGUAAAAAAGAGGGUAACGAACUUGGAAUCUGUGGAAGGUGAAUGGAUUGUUAGCUACCAUGGUACCGCUAAUUUUAAUGCGAAUUCAAUCGCAGAUGAUGGAUAUCUAUUAAACAAAGGGAAAAGAUUCGUUUUUGGUCGUGGAAUUUAUUCUACUCCAAAUAUUGAAGUAGCCGCUUCAUAUGCUGAAGAAUUUUAUUAUGAGGGAGAGACAAAUAAAGUCGUGUUUCAAAAUCGUGUAAAACCUAUUGCCUUUAAGAUAGUAUCAGAUGGAAGUAUUUUUGUUACUGAUAAUGAUAGGGAUAUUAGACCUUAUGGACUUUGCAUUCAAAAAGUUUAA